AUGACUGCUACAUAUGCUCAGUGGUUCGCAUCUGCCUCCCAGGAUGAGGAUUUCUUCCUUGAACCCAGUGAACACUCGACCCUGCAAUCCUACUUCGAAGGCAACUUCUCUCUCCAGGAUGCAGUCUCCCGGCUGACGGGCCCCUCUAAGCCCCAGUGGAACUCCCACCAGGCCAGCCAAGUGUGGGAGGUCCUCCUAACCCUGGCCGAGGACUACGACGAAGCGCACGAUGACAUAAUUUCUCUCGUUAAAGCCUUGCUCUCCCAGUCAGACGCGAAGGGUCGGGCAGACGAAGAGAUGUACGGCUUCCCAUUCUGCUGGCGCGCCCAUCAUGAUUCGUUGUGGGCCCAGGAAUGCAAUAUAAAAUCCUUCUCGGACCCGGUUGGUUCCAAGUGGGUGACUUACCAGGCCUUCACCGCUCGCCUGAUAGCUUCCUCUCUUGUCGGAGCUUAUGGCUGGGUCCUGUUCCAUACCGUUGACGCUCUGGAGAAGCCCGUCAACCCGGAGAAGCUCACAGCGAGACAAGAUGUUGAUAUCGCUGCUGCUGCGCAGUACUUUAUCUAUGCGGCUAAUGACAUUUUGCACCAUCCGUUGGGAUCCAAUGGAUAUGACGAAAAUAAUAUUAAUGUAUUAUGGCAGGAAGGGAACGAGUUUUGGGAGGGCGAGCAAGGUUUUACUGUGGAGAGAUGGGAAUUUUGGAAGAAACGCUUUGGACAGGUGCGAGACCUGGAACAGUUGCGCGACGGCACCAGAGAGGCCGCCAGGAGGGCCGAGGUGGGAAUGGAGAAGGCUGAACGGAUUGGAACGAAGAAGGGAAGGAGGUAA